GAGAGAGAGAGAGAGCUCCAUGAAGCUUAGAGAGUGACAGAGAGAGCUGCUUAGAAAAAGCUCCAUGACUAAUGGGGAGCAGCCAGCGUCCAUACUGGUUUACAACGGAGGCAGUGCGCGUAGUGGCCUCUUUUAGAGAGAGAGUAAUGGCCUCUUUUAGAGAGAGAUAAGAGAGAGAUGCUCUCAUGGAACUACUCCAUGGCCACUUCUCCCACCCUCUCUCCCGUUUCAAAUUGCACCGGAACUCCCCAUUCUCUCUCUCUUCCACACCCAAUUCUCAUCCUUUUGCCAUAACAUCCACCAAGCUUUAUGACCCACGCUCACAAAAACACUCCAUCACAAAAGCCACAACCACAGUUCCCAUUCUCAAGGAACCGGUAAAAGUAGAGAGAGAAAGAGACCAUAAAAAGAUAAUACCAGUAGAGAGAGGAAGAGACCAAAAACCAGCAGUAGUAGACUUCAAUUCAUGUUUCUCUCUCUUACAAAACAACAAUCUUGCAGAGGCCAGGCAAGCCCAUGCUUUUGCACUAAAAAUGGCAAUUUAUACAGAUCCAAGAUUCCAAAACAAGUUACUGGUUAUAUAUGCUCAAAAUUCAUGUGUAAAUGAUGCAGAACAAGUUUUCAAUUCAAUGCUUGACAGAAACGCCAUGGCCUAUGCUUCACUUAUCGGCCUUUACUGUAAACAUGGGCAGUGGAUUCGAGCUCUGCGAAUAUUUGCCUUAAUGGUCGCUGAAGGCAUUUUUCCUGAUAAGUUUCUUUUGCCCACCAUUUUUAAGGCUUGCUCUGGCCUUGAGUCUCUGAAAAUGGGCAAGGAAAUUCAUGGGUUCUUGAUUAGGUUUGAGCUUGAACUAGACCUGGUUAUGAGCAAUUCUCUUAUAGACAUGUAUGCAAAGUGUGGAAGUUUGGAUGAUGCUAGAAAAGUGUUUGAUAGGAUGGAUUUGAGAGAUGUUGUUUCAUGGACCUCUUUAAUUUCAUCUUAUUCAGAGUUGGGUCUCAUGGAUUUGGCCUCUGAUUGCUUUGAAUCCAUGGAGUUAUCGGGAAUCACCCCUGAUUUGAUAGCUUGGAACUCUUUGAUAUCCGGGUUUUCACAGUUGGGUGACCUCGAAAGGGCUCGGCAACUCUUGGGUGAGAUGAGAGGGAGAGGACUAAAACCUGGAGUUAAUUCAUGGAAUGGUAUAAUUUCAGGUUGUGUAAAGAAUGGAUUUAUAAAUGAAGCUCUACAUCUCUUUUGCGAAAUGCAAGCUUUUGAAAUACCCAAUUCAGUUACAAUAUCGAGCAUCCUUGGUGCUUGCUCAGAUCCCAAGGCUCUCAAACUUGGAAAGGAGAUUCAUGGCUAUGCUAACAAACAUGGGUUUUAUGUUGAUCUCUUUGUGGAAGGCUCUUUGAUCAAUAUGUAUUUGAAAUGCAAGGCUUGUGAUUAUGCACAAAGAGUUUUUGCAACAAUUGAGAAGAAGAAUUCAGCAAUUUGGAACGAAAUGAUCUCUGGUUAUGUGAACCAGGGGAAGAUGGAAGAGGCUUUGGAAAUUAUGCAUCAAAUGGUGAGGGAUGGGGUGAAACCAGAUGCAAUUGCCUGUAACACUUUGCUUGCUGGCUAUGCAAAAAUGGGGCAAAAAGAAGAAGCCUUUAAACUCUUUCGGGACAUGGGGUCAAUGGGUUUGAAGCCUGAUUUUGUCUCCAUUAAUUUACUAAUUGCAGGUUUUCAGCAAGCUGGGCUUGCAGGUGAUGCCUUGAAGCUGUUUCAUGAGUUACUAAAACCAGGAGGAGCCAGUGGAAAUGUUGCUGAAGCUUUUGACUUUUUUUACAUGGAAGCUUGGCCUAAUGAAAUCACCAUUAGUAGUGUUCUCUCAGCUUGUGCUGAUCUGAAAUUAAAGCUUCAAGGAAAGGAAAUCCAUGGCUAUCUUCUAAGGAAAGGUUUUCAAAAUAAUGUCUUUGUAUCGAGUGCUCUGGUUCAUAUGUAUUCAAAAUGUGAGGACAUGUGUUCAUCGUCCAUGGCCUUUUAUAUGAUCUCUGAUAAGAAUACAGUUUGCUGGAAUAGCUUAUUAGCAGGGUAUAACCAGAAUGGGAAGCCCAAUGAAUGUAUGAGUCUCUUCUUGCAAAUGCUCGAAGAUGGUCUCUUUCCGAGCUCCAUAACUAUGCUGAUUCUUCUCUCAGCUUGUAGCGACCUUCUGCGACUCAGGCUUGGCAGUCAAAUCCAUGGCUACUCUGUAAAAUUAGGGUUUAGUGGGGGUUCUGCAACUCUUGCAAGUUCAAUAAUAAACAUGUAUGCAAGAUGUGGAAGCGUCAUCAAUGCUGAGCAUGCAUUCGAUCUUGCAAUGGAGAGAGAUGUGGCUGUGUGGAAUGCCAUGGUCGUGGCCUAUGCCAUGCAUGGGAUGACUCAUGAAGCCAUGACCUUGUUUGAAGAGAUGCAGAAUGCUGGGUUCAAGCCAAACCAUAUCACCCUCAUUGCAAUUCUGUGUGCUUGUAGCACUGGUGGCCUAGUAGAACAAGGGUGGGAGUUUUUCAAAUGCAUGAAAAAGAACUAUGGGGUCGUGCCCACCUUAGAGCAUUAUACAUGCAUGGUGGACAUCAUGGGUGGUGCUGGUUUGCUCAAAGAGGCACUCAAUUUCAUUAACAAAAUGCCAUAUGAGCCUGAUGCAUGUGUAUGGGGGACUCUACUAAGAGCAUGUCGAAUGCAUUCGAAUAUCAGCAUUGGUGAACAAGCUGCAAAGGCUUUGUUUGCACUCGAGCCAAACAACGCAUCAAACUAUAUCAUGUUAUCAAACAUAUAUGCCAUGACAGGCAUGUGGAACUCUGCUAGAGAUGUGAGAGAAGCCAUUAUAGCUCGCGGGUUAGCGAUAGAGGGAGAAAGUAGCUCAAUAGAGAUUGGUUUGAGGCUUCAUGAAUUCAGGGCAGGGAAUAAUUCAUAUGAGAAUUUGGAUGAGAUUUUGGAGACAUGGGGGAGGUUGGCUACAGAAAUGGAGGAGGGGGGCUACGUGCCUAGAGAUCCGAUUCUUUGGGAAGAAGAUGAGAGGGAAUUCGAUCAAUUCUCGUGCUUUCACACUGAGAAGCUUGCAAUAUGCUUGGGGUUAGUAGCUUUAAAAGGUAGCAAUUGUGUUCGCAUUGUGAAAAGCCUACGUAUGUGUAUCGAUUGCCAUACUUGUACUAAGCUUCUCUCACGAAUUAAGCAAAGGGAAGUUAUGGUGAACGAUGGUAGUUGUUAUCAUCACUUCAAGGAUGGGAAAUGCAGCUGUGGAGAUAGGUGGUAAGGUGGUGGAAUUGCAGUGAGCUCUCCCUCUCCCCAUACUUCUUCUGAGCUCAUCUCCCAAAUCUCAGAAAAUAAGUUACAUCGAGGGAUAUGAGCCAUUAAUCUCACUUUGAGGAUGAGAUAUGCACUUGCAGGUGGUCUACUCUUGCGUAGUUUCAGAAAGAAGAAUACCCUCCUGGAUAUUUCAUAGGCAUCCCUUUUUUUAUGUAAGGCCGUAACCAGGUGUUGGUCCCGCCUAAGCAGGGUCUCGGGAUGGGUGGACUGGAAACAGUCUUAACCAUCAGUUUAUACACAAAGUGGCCGCUCUUAGGACUCGAAUCCGUGUUCUUGUGCUAGCUAUCCUAGCCUUUUUACCGUGUGACGGCCCCUAUCCCUUUUCUUAUGUAUCCCUCUCAAAAAGAAAAACCAGAGAGGCACAAUGGUAAUUGUGCUCUAAAAAAAAAAAAAA